CGCUAGCUAUCCGCCGGCGCGGCCGGAAGUCCCGCAAUGACGUUCCAGUGGGUCGACUGCGGGCUGGUAGGACGGAGCCGAGGGUUGUGGGGGGCGCGGAGCAGAGCCCAACUGCCGCCGCAGGAGGAUGAGCGAGCGGCCCGCUGGCAGCGGCAGCGGCGCCGCCCCGAUUACCUCUGCCCCCAGGUUACAAAGCAGCUAAAUGGAGUCUGAGCAGCUGUUCCACAGAGGUUACUAUCGAAACAGCUACAACAGUAUAACUAGUGCAAGCAGUGAUGAGGAGCUUUUAGAUGGAGCAGGUGUCAUUAUGGACUUUCAAACCUCUGAGGAUGAUAAUUUGUUAGAUGGUGACGCAUCAGUUGGAACUCAUUAUACAAUGACAAAUGGAGGAAGCAUUAACAGUUCAACGCAUUUAUUGGACCUCUUGGAUGAACCCAUACCUGGUGUUGGAACAUACGAUGACUUCCAUACUAUUGAUUGGGUGCGGGAGAAGUGCAAAGACAGAGAAAGGCAUAGACGGAUUAACAGCAAGAAGAAGGAAUCGGCCUGGGAGAUGACAAAAAGUUUAUAUGAUGCCUGGUCAGGAUGGCUAGUAGUUACACUAACUGGUUUGGCAUCAGGUGACCUCCUUGCCCCGCUGAAAUCAAGGAGAGCCUUAGCAGGGGCAUUGGCUGGGUUAAUAGAUAUUGCUGCUGAUUGGAUGACUGACUUAAAGGAAGGCAUUUGCCUUAAUGACUUGUGGUAUAACCACGAGCAGUGUUGUUGGAGAUCGAAUGAGACUACAUUUGAAGAGAGAGACAAAUGCCCACAAUGGAAAACAUGGGCAGAACUAAUAAUUGGCCAAGCAGAAGGUCCAGGUUCAUAUAUAAUGAACUACAUAAUGUACAUUUUCUGGGCUUUGAGCUUUGCUUUUCUAGCGGUUUCUUUUGUGAAGGUGUUUGCUCCUUAUGCCUGUGGCUCUGGGAUACCAGAGAUUAAAACUAUCUUGAGUGGCUUCAUCAUCAGAGGUUACUUGGGCAAGUGGACCUUGAUGAUUAAAACCAUCACUUUAGUCUUGGCUGUAGCAUCAGGCUUGAGCUUAGGAAAGGAGGGUCCUUUGGUACAUGUAGCUUGUUGCUGUGGGAAUAUUUUUUCCUACCUCUUUCCAAAGUACAGCACAAAUGAAGCUAAAAAAAGAGAGGUGUUAUCAGCUGCAUCAGCAGCAGGAGUAUCAGUAGCUUUUGGUGCCCCAAUUGGUGGAGUCCUUUUUAGUCUGGAGGAGGUCAGUUAUUACUUCCCACUAAAAACUUUGUGGAGGUCAUUUUUUGCAGCUUUAGUUGCUGCUUUUGUUUUGAGAUCCAUCAAUCCUUUUGGUAACAGCCGUCUAGUUCUUUUUUAUGUGGAAUACCACACCCCCUGGUACCUUUUUGAACUACUUCCUUUCAUUCUCCUGGGGGUGUUUGGUGGGCUCUGGGGAGCAUUUUUCAUUCGUGCAAACAUCGCCUGGUGCCGCCGCCGCAAAUCAACAAAGUUUGGGAAGUAUCCUGUCCUGGAGGUCAUCAUUGUUGCAGCAAUAACAGCUGUCAUUGCCUUUCCCAAUCCAUACACAAGGCUCAACACCAGUGAACUCAUUAAAGAGCUCUUCACAGACUGCGGACCCUUGGAAUCCUCCUCUCUCUGUGAUUACAGAAAUGACAUGAAUGCCAGUAAGAUUGUAGAUGAUAUUCCUGACCGUCCAGCAGGCACUGGAGUUUAUUCGGCCAUAUGGCAGUUGUGUUUAGCACUUAUAUUCAAAAUAAUUAUGACAGUCUUCACCUUUGGCAUCAAGGUACCAUCUGGUUUGUUCAUCCCCAGCAUGGCAAUUGGAGCAAUAGCAGGGAGAAUUGUAGGAAUCGCAGUGGAGCAGCUGGCCUAUUAUCACCACGACUGGUUUAUCUUCAAGGAGUGGUGUGAGGUUGGAGCUGAUUGUAUCACACCAGGCCUUUAUGCCAUGGUUGGUGCUGCUGCAUGCUUAGGUGGUGUGACUAGGAUGACUGUCUCUCUAGUAGUCAUUGUAUUUGAGUUAACUGGGGGCCUGGAAUAUAUUGUGCCCCUCAUGGCUGCAGUAAUGACCAGUAAGUGGGUGGGUGAUGCCUUUGGUAGGGAAGGCAUCUAUGAAGCACAUAUCCGGCUGAAUGGAUAUCCUUUCCUGGAUGCUAAGGAAGAAUUCACUCACACAACACUGGCUGCUGAUGUUAUGAGACCUCGAAGAAGUGAUCCACCUUUGGCAGUUCUGACACAGGAUAAUAUGACGGUGGACGAUAUAGAAAACUUGAUCAAUGAAACUAGCUAUAAUGGUUUCCCUGUUAUAAUGUCAAAAGAAUCUCAGAGACUAGUGGGAUUUGCUCUAAGGAGAGAUUUAACUAUUGCAAUAGAAAGUGCUAGAAAGAAGCAAGAAGGUAUUGUUGGCAGUUCCAGGGUCUGUUUUGCCCAACAUACCCCAUCACUGCCAGCAGAGAGUCCUCGGCCUUUGAAGCUUCGAAGCAUUCUUGAUAUGAGCCCUUUUACCGUGACAGACCACACACCAAUGGAGAUAGUGGUGGAUAUUUUCCGCAAGCUGGGUCUGAGGCAGUGCCUUGUAACACACAAUGGGAUUGUCUUGGGGAUCAUCACAAAGAAGAACAUAUUAGAGCAUCUCGAGCAACUAAAGCAACACGUCGAACCCUUGGCGCCUCCUUGGCAUUGUAACAAAAAAAGAUAUCCUCCGUCAUAUGGCCCAGACGGCAAACCAAGACCCCGCCUCAAUAAUGUUCAACUGAAACCCAUAGCUGAGGAGAGAGAGGAAACUGAAGAGGAGGUUCAUUUGUUGAAUAGCACAACACUUUAGUCGGAGAGAUUCUACUAAAAUCAGAAAUGAGACCUGAGUGUUUGCGUAAUAAUGCUGUUGGAAUUCAGGAUUGGUCUGGGGAAGUGUGGAGAGUUAGUGGCGUUCUCCACCGAAGCAUGGGGAAAGAGAACUUCUGCUGUCCUGCACUGGAUGCGUUCCCUGAUGUGCGAUCUGCCAUGAUAGUGCAGUGGGAAAGCUGUAUCUGAAAAUGGAAUUCUCCAAACCGUAACCUGUUACUUCAGCAUUGAAGAGAUGCAUUAUUAGUCCCUGUUUCUGGAGGGAUCAUUUUGAAUUGAGCCAUCUUUUGGAGACUGCAAAGUCUUGCCCAUUUUACCAUUGAAAACUGUUGUGUUAACUCAUUAAUGUAUAAUUAUUACAUGUCACCUUUCUACAUUCCAGAAGAGCUUUUAUUUCUCUCUCUCCUGAGCCAUUAACGAAGCCUCUUUAAAACUGGUGUGCCCUUUUGAAGCAGUAGUUUCUCAUAUUGAGAUAUGCUGUGAUUUACUGAGGUUUGAUCACAAGAAGGGAGAUUUUCUUGUGCCAUUAAACGUGUAGUUUGUACAUCAAGAAAUCAUUGGGGCAGUACAGAUCCCCUGCAUAAAGCAGAUUGAGUAGGUAAUACUUUAUAAGAAGCAUGUGUGAAAUGUUGCAGCCAGUGUGCUGUGAUUUGAGAAAAAUUAAACACAGAGAAAACUUGAGUUUCAAAGGAAAAAUAAUGUUUUUGCUGCAGAAUAUAUCAAUAAUGUGACCUGGUCUUAUGCAAUUUUUGUAUUAUUGAAAACACUAUGAUAUAUACCAAUGUUGUGCGGUAUAAAGAAAAUACUGCUACUCUGAUAGUUAAGAGCAGGAACAAUUCUGUAUAAGUGUAUCUGAUAAUAAUUGCAUGCUGAAACACUGGAGAUUUUUUCCAUAAAAUUAAAAAUCAGUCAUCUCAUUUUUUCCUUUCCUACAAAAACAUGUUUUACUACUGACUGGAAGUAAGAAAUGUAAAUCAUAACUUGCACUAAAUGUAUAUUUUUUUCUUGAAAUUUUACCAUUCUUUAUUUAUAUUUUUAUGGAUUAAAAUCUAUUAAAUACAAAUCAGUUAAUAUCUCACAUAACUAACUCUACCUUUUUAAUGUGAUUUUGUAGAAUAAUUCAAAAUCCUCCACAAAUUAUGGAGGGUUGGGCAAAAGUUUACAGCUGGAUAAAAGGGGUUUAAGAAAAAGAAAUUAACUCUGAUCCAUCAUGCACAUAAUAGUAUUUUCAAGCUUGACUCACUGCCAUAAACUUGACGUUUCCAUUUGUUUAUGAUCAGAGAACUGAAACAGUAAAAUGAUAAAUCCUUUUUUUAAACACUGUAGGGUUUUAAAAAUAAGACAAAAAUAAUGGUAAUUGUUUGGACUUUUUUUCAGGAAUCUAGCAAUGCUCUGGCUGAAAUUUCUGAUGAAACAUAGCCUUUGGGGUGGGGAAGGGGAAACCUAUUACUUGAACUGUUGGGUAGGAGCUCAGCUGCAGCAAUGCACCCUUGAUAGCAGGAUGACUGACAAAUUUCAUAUCCUCCUGGCUUUUUUUCUUUUUGGAAAAUCUACUUUAACUACUAGCUGAACAUGUUCACUUAUUGACAUAAAGAAAAGGUGACACCCUAAGGUAUCGUGCCCCAAAAUGUAAGACUGUUGUUGGAACAAUUAAAAUUUCUGGUUGGGAAUAAUGUCUCGGAAUAUUCAUCUCAGUGGGUGCAGCUAAAUAUGCACAUUUACUGCACAGUAACCAAAACUACUGCACAGUACAGGUGCAUGUCUAUAUGUGCACGUCCAUACUGUGCAGUAAAUAUGGCAACUUAGACCAAUUUGAGUGUAAAUUUGAU